CGUUGUGGCCACUCACCGUUUCACUAUUGUCCAGCGGAUUUGACGUGGAUACAGGAGAGGUCUGCGCGUUCAUCUGACGUCAAUCUUGUCCUCGCCAUCACCAAAAUGGAGGUCGCAUCUGCCGUACGCAUUCCAUCUCCGGAGCCAGAGCUCCCAUCUCCAGAGCCAGCGCGCAAGCGUGACCGCUCGCCGUAUCAAUCCGGGCCAUCCAAGCGCUCCCGCAGAAACGAUCGCGACGAAGAUGGAGACCGGCCGCGCGAGCGAGCCCGAGAUCGUGGCGAUGACCGCCGGCGAGACCGCGAGAAUGGUCGCAGAGGAGGAGACGAACCCGCGGACGACGAUGCGCGCCUCAAACUCUUCCAGAACGCCUUCAGCUCCAGCAGGAAGCUGCCCAUCGACGACUCCAAGACCCGCGCUGGAGGCGCCUACAUCCCGCCCGCGCGCCUCCGCGAAAUGCAGAAGUCGAUCACGGAUAAGAAGAGUGCGGAGUUCCAGCGCAUGGCCUGGGAGGCCCUGAAGAAGUCUAUUCAGGGUAUGAUCAACAAGUGCAAUGUCGCGAACAUCAAAAACAUUGUGCCUGAGCUCUUUGGGGAGAAUUUGAUUAGGGGAAGGGGUCUGUUUUGUCGUUCGAUCAUGAAGGCCCAGGCAGCAAGUUUGCCAUUCACGCCGAUCUACGCAGCCAUGACGGCGAUUAUCAAUACGAAAUUGCCGCAGGUUGGAGAUCUCCUGGUGCGUCGGUUGAUCAUACAGUUCAGGAAAGCAUUCAGGCGAAACGACAAGGCGGUUUCUGUGUCGAGUUCGAUGUUUCUGUCACAUCUUGUCAACACCCAGGUCGUUCAUGAGAUCAUCAUUGCUGAGAUCUUGCUCCUGCUUCUCAACAAGCCAACUGAUGACAGCGUCGAGAUCGCGGUGUCGAUCAUGAGAGAGACCGGCCAGUUUUUGGAGGACAUGAACAGCGCCAUUUCCAACGCGAUCUUCGACCAGUUCAGAAACAUCCUGCACGAGGCAGAUAUCGACAAGCGAACUCAAUAUAUGAUCGAAGUUUUAUUCGAAGUCCGGAAAAACAAAUACAAGGAUAACCCUGCGGUGAGAGAGGAACUUGAUUUGGUGGAGGAAGAAGACCAGCAUACCCACAGACACACCCUCGAGGACGAGCUCAAGACUGAGGAUGGGCUGAAUAUUUUCAAGGUCGACCCAGAGUAUGAGGAACAUGAGGAGCAAUACCAGAGACUAAAGGCCGAGAUCUUGGGCGAGGAAGAGGGUAGCGAUGCAGAGUACACCGAUGCUUCGAGCGACGAGGACGAGGAUGACGAAGAAACCAAAGCUAUGGAAGUGAAGGACCAGACGAACGCCGAUUUGACCAAUCUUCGACGACAGAUCUAUCUUACCAUCAAGAGCAGUGGAGGAUUCGAGGAGUGCGUUCACAAACUUAUGCGCAUCAAUCUUCCACAUGGUCUGGAGAAGGAGCUCACCACCAUGAUCAUCGACAGUGCCGCCGAAAACCGCACGUAUGAGAAAUUUUACGGGCAGAUCGGAGAGCGCUUCUGCAAGUUGAAUCGUAUGUGGGCGGAACUCUUCGAGGACAACUUCGUCAACUACUACGAGACCAUCCAUCGCUUGGAGACGAACAAACUUCGUAUCGUCGCCCAGUUCUUCGCACAUCUCCUGGGCUCCGACGCCAUCGGGUGGCAUGUAUUCUCGGCCAUCAAAUUGAACGAGGAGGACACUACUUCAAGCUCGCGUAUCUUCAUAAAGAUCCUCUUUGAGGAGCUGAUGGCGUCUCUGGGUCAAAAGUCCGUGGUAGAGCGAUUAAAGGAGCCAACGCUGCAGGAGAGCUUGACUGGCAUUUUCCCAACAGAUGCCGACGACCAGUCCAAGACCCGUUUCGCUAUCAACUUCUUUACCGCGAUCCAAAUGGGUGUACUGACAGAGGGUAUGCGCGAGUGGUUGAAGAAUGCCGCCCCGAAGCCUGCUCCAUUGCCAGAACCAGAAAGCGAAUCAGACUCGGACAGCGUCUCUUCCUAUUCCUCCUACUCAUCCCGCUCCCGAUCUCGUUCACGCACGCCAGCUCGCCGACGACGAGACUCACGAUCAAGCUCACGAGGAAGGUCCUACAGCCGUAGCCGAUCACCCGCUCCCAAGAAGGGCAGGGGCCGCAGCCCAUCCUACUCCUCCAACUCCAGGUCUCGAUCACCAGCACCCCGCAAGAGGAGAUACUCUUCUAGCCGCUCGCCUUCCCCGGCACCUCGCCGCAGAGGCGGACGAGACCCCUCAAACUCCGUAUCACGCUCUCGAUCUCCCGCCGGCAAGCGUCGCCGCUACUCGACCAGCCCAUCCAGGUCUCCAUCCCCAGCUCCACGCCGUCGACGCAACUCCAGCACUCCGCCUCCCCCACGUCGCGUCCGUGAUUCAAGCAGCCCGCCUCCUCGACGACGAAGAAGCUCAAGCACACCACCUCCACGAGGCGGAGCCGCUGCGCCAGGAAGCGCAAACGGGAAACCCAGCCGUCGCCGUGGUGGGUCGUCUUCUCGCUCGCGGUCACCACCACCCAGGAGGAGGCAGUACUCCAGCUCUGUAUCACGCUCGCCACCGCCUCGAAGACGUGCGGAUUCGUGAAAGAAUCACAGUUCGUGUAGCAUUAUUUGCAUCGAGGCGGGUGUAGGUAAUUGAUUGUAAAGAUUAAGAUUGUUUCACAUAAAAUACAUCAGAAAUAUCGACGACGCAGGGAAGUCUGGAGAAGGGACUAUUAUGGUGACUAUUUAGCAUCUCAUGGUUUUGGGAAAGCGAAUUAUCAGGUUGAUGAAAGAAUCUCAAAAUACAUUAUUAUAACUCUUA